UACCUUUGAGGUUUCAGCUGUUUUGUGUUUUGUUAAACUACUUCAAGAAAUUUCAGGGAUUAGUGAUGGCAUCCGGCGGAUCAUCAAAACCACGGAGAAGAUCCAGUAUGGAGAACCCUCCAGCCUUCAGGUUGGUUCUCGUUGGGAAGACUGGUGCAGGAAAGAGCUCCAGUGGAAACACAAUACUGGGAAGAGAUGUCUUUCCUGCAGCUGUCAGCGCAUCCUCAGUGACCACCCAGUGCUGUAAGAUGACAGGUGAUGUGUUCUGCAGUCAUGUGACUGUGGUCGACACACCCGGCCUGUUUGACACGUCUUUACCUGAGGACACAGUGAAAAGGGAAAUCUCUAAAUGUAUCAACAUGUCGGCCCCGGGGCCCCACGCCAUCCUGCUGGUCAUUCAAGUGGGACGUUUUACGAAAGAGGAGCGAGAGGCCGUCAUGAAAGUGGAGGACAUUUUUGGGAAAGAAGCAUGGAAGUACACCAUGAUCCUGUUCACCCACGGAGAUGAACCAGAACUUGAACAAAUGCUAAAAGAGCCUGGAGCCAACAUCACAUCAGUCCUGAAGAAGGUGGGAAACCGAUACCACGUCUUCAACAAUGUCAGAGCCAAUGACCGUGGACAGGUGCUGGACCUGCUGGAGAAGGUGAAGAACAUGGUGUCAGCCAACGGAGGGUGCUGUUACUCCAACUACACCUAUGAGGAGGUGACCGAGCUGCUGGAGCAGAGAGAGGCUGAGCUCAGACAGCUGUAUGAGAACAAACUGAAAGAGGAAGUCGAAGCUGUGAGGUUGAAGUAUGAGAAGAAGCUGAGUGAAGCUCAGACGGAUCAUCAGCAGAUACAGAAACGACUGCAGGCUGAACUUGAGGAGCUCAAACGGUACUAUCAGGUUUUAGAGAGCGGAGUCCGCCAUGUUGUAGAGGAAAUGACACCUACUGACUCCAUAAGCAACGUCAAGUUUCAUGAGACUCUGAAGAUGAUUUUUACCUCCUGAGUUCUGCUGCAGUCUCCUCUGUAUGGACCAUAUUAGAUACUUCCCUGUGACCUACAUACUGUAUGUUUAGAGUUUUUUCCUUUACAUUUGUACCUGUAGAAGGAACACUAACGCUAAAUUCUAGGAAAAAGUUUUAGAAUAUAUAGUUUCCACUAGGGGUGGGCAAGUUAACGCAUUAUUACCGCGUUAACGCAUUCAUUAAAUAACGCCGACAAUUUUUUUUAAUCUCACGUUAACGCCGUUUUAUUAUUGUUCUGCCUUUCAAGCAAG